UUUUGGCGGUCACGUGAUCUUAGGGGCGUGACUUCACGAAGAAACAUGGCCGCGUCCAGGGAGAUCAUGUUGGAUUAGUCUAUUUGUGAGCGAGCUAGGGAUUAUAGUACAAAUACAUUCGUCAAUAAGUUUGUUUAUUUAGAACCGAAGUGACAAUGAAGACAUUUUGCGGUCGUGCAAAUCCGACAACCGGAGCGCUGGACUGGGUUGAGGAAAGCGAGGAGUAUGAUUACCAUCAGGAGAUUGCGAGGUCCUGCUAUGCAGAUAUGCUCCAUGAUAAAGACAGAAAUGAGAAAUACUACCAAGGCAUUCGAGCAGCGGUGAGCAGAGUAAAGGCACGCGGUGAAAGGGUGGUGGUCCUGGACAUCGGCACUGGCACGGGUUUGCUCUCCAUGAUGGCUGUGACGACUGGAGCUGAUUACUGUUAUGCUAUAGAGGUGUUUAAACCCAUGGCACAGGCUGCCACUUGCAUCGUGGAGAGAAACGGUUUCUCGGAUAAAAUCAAGGUCAUCAACAAACACUCCACAGAGGUUACGGUCGGACCAGAUGGAGACAUGCAAGAACGAGCCAACAUCCUUGUCACAGAGUUGUUUGAUACAGAGCUGAUUGGUGAAGGAGCGUUGCCCAGCUAUGAACAUGCACACAUGCACCUCGUCCAGGCAAGUUGUGAAGCUGUGCCACAUCGUGCCACAGUCUACGCGCAGCUGGUGGAGUCAGACAUGCUGUGGAAAUGGUCACAGCUCCAACCCAUAGAGGUGGAUGGCAACAAACUGCGGCCUCCUCCUGCUGUGGUGAAGUGUGCGGGAGCGCCCUCUGUCUGUGACAUCCAGCUUAGCCAGGUGCCACCAGAAUCCUUCACUCCGCUCGGGCCCAUCUGUACCAUGUUCAGUGUGGAUUUCAGCAAACCGGUUAGCAGCGCUGCUCAGUCCUACGCGGCACAGUUCAAGGCUCAAACCAGUGGGAAAGCACAGGUGGUCUUAUCCUGGUGGGACAUCGACAUGGACCCUGAUGGCAACAUUGUGUGCACUAUGGCCCCCAGCUGGAACUACUCAGAUCCUCGUACUUACCCUUGGAGGGAUCACUGGAUGCAGAGUGUUUACUUCCUGCCUGCAGAGGAGAAUGUGUCAGAAGAAGAAGAGCUAAAUUUAAUUGUCUCCCAUGAUGACUACAGUCUCUGGUACAGCCUUACGCACAGUGAACAAAAUGAUGUCAAAGUGGCAACGUUUCGGCCGUGCUGCACAUGUCAGGCCCAUCUGGUUUGGACGAGGCCUCGCUUCGGGGAACUGAACGACGAACAGAGGACUGAGAGUUACAUAAAUGCAUUACGCAGUAUUCUGAAACCAGACAGUGUGUGUUUGUCUGUCAGCGAUGGGAGCCUGUUACCCAUUUUUGCUCAUUUACUUGGAUCUAAAAAGGUGUUCAGUUUGGAAAACUCCGGAAUGGCGAAACAAGUGAUCGAACAGGUGCUGCAUGCUAACUCACUGAAACAUGGAGUACAGCUGCUGGGAAUACGACCUGAGCAGCUCUCAUUAGCUGAUUUAGAAGGAAAUCAGAUUUCAGUAUUGAUAGGAGAGCCAUACUUCAGCACCAGUCUUCUGCCUUGGCACUCUCUGUUCUUCUGGUAUUGCCGCACCGCUGUGGCACAGCUGCUCCAUCCCAACGCCACCAUCCUCCCUCGUGCCGCUACACUUUACAUAGUCGCUGUUGAAUUUCGGGAUCUGUGGCGAAUCCGAGCUCCUUGCGGUACUUGCGAGGGUUUUGAUGUCAGUCCGAUGGAUGAGAUGAUUCAGCAAUCUUUGGAUUACCGUGAAUCCUGGGAGGCAGAGCCACAUCCACUGUGGGAAUACCCAUGUCGUGCUCUGACCAAACCACGGCCAGUUAUGACAUUUGACUUUACGCAAUGUGUUCCUGAACAACCAGCUAACAGUGAGGGAACUGUGCCAUUCACAGGGAGAGGACGCUGUCAUGGUGUUGCUCUCUGGAUGGAGUAUCAGCUGACUGAGGACAUCACUGUAAGCAUGGGCCUAACCAAACCAGUCAACGAAGAAGAGGGAGUUUGUGAAUGGAGCCCACACCGGAAACAAGGUGUGUUUUUCUUCAGAUCUGCUAGAGAAACUUCUGGGGAUGGAAGAGAAGAUCUUUCCUAUAAUUUAACCUUUGAACCUCAUACUGGCGACAUUAAAAUGGACUUCUCUAUCACUGAACCUUGACGAAACUCAAACUAGACCAUCAGUUGUUUACAUUUUUUUCCCCAAGACAACACUUAUCCAAAGAAUUUCAGUGACUGUGAACUGCUUACAUGAGCUUGUAACUGUUUUUAUCCUCCCCAUAAAUUAUAAUGCAUUUAAAUUAAUCUGAUUAUAGCCAUGACUGUAUUGUGUGCAGAUUUACUGAUUGCAUACUAUAUGAUAGAUCAAAAGUGUAUGGUGCUACACAAGCCUCAUGAUGCUUUUUAUAGUCAAAAUAUGUUUUCUCGCAGUGUAAAAAGUAGGCAGAAGGCCAUGUGUUAUUUAAACAAAUUUUAUUAAGCAUUUGAUUUUAGCUUAAAAUAAUCACCUUAUUCUACACAGAAGGC